CCGCUGACGAACCAAUGCCCAGGGUGUGUUCAAUUUGUUCGUAUGUUGAAUGAGGAUCAUCUUCGAUUAUUGAUCGGACAGCAUCAAUUGUUUCUUCGUUGAUCGCAGUUCGAGGACGACCUGAACGAGCAGCAUCUUCGACACUGAAAUUGCUACGGUCAAAUUCAUGAUACCAAUCGCGAACUGUUCGAUCAGAAGGCGCUUGGUCCUCCCAUGCUUGCACUAAAGGGACAUGACUUCCAUUGUGCGUUAAGCCAGUUUUCCAGUCAUAUAAAAUCAUUGUUCGAAAUUGUUCACGUGAGAGUUCAAAAUUCAUAUCAAAAUUUUAUAUCUUUGAUCUGAAAGAAAUUUAAAAAUACAGCGACGCACAAGACUUUUAAAUGUGUACUUUUGCACAUAAUCCUAAAUAUGUCUAACCAUUAUAAUAGAAUAGUUCAACUUAAAUUACGGCUUUUAAGAGAGCCGGAGGAAAAAACUUUUGGAGUGCCCUAUGUAAAUGAACCUUCGAUCAAAAACUGACUGAUCUUUGAAACUGAGUGAUACAUAUAUUUUUGUAGAGUAUUGAAAAGUAAGAACGGAAAAUAUCCAGUAGGUACAUUAGUGUUGGCAAUAAGUGGAUGGCGUACACGUUUUAUUUCAAAUGGAGAUCAGCCAGCAUUGCGACCGACACCUUUUGAUCUUGGAAAAUUAUCGCCAUCAUUGUCACUGGGACCAUUAGGCAUGCCCGGUGCAACUGCAUAUUUUGGCCUUCGGAUGAGUGAACCAAAAGUGGGUGAAAUACGUGUGGUGAACGGAGCUGCUGGUGCUAUGGGCAGUUUUGUAGGUCAAUUGGCAAAAGCUAAAGAUUUAACGAAAAUAUCGCUUGAAGAUGCUCUGAAAGAAUCAGCACCGGAUGGAGUCGAUGUGGGUACGGAUUUUCGUCAUGAAAUGAUUUCGAAAUAUAUACGAAUUCGAGGACGAACGUGUAUUUGUGGAUCAAUAUCAAAUUAUAACUAUAAAGAGCCAAAAACAUGUAGAAACAGGUAUACGGAUACCGGUGCGUACCUGAUCUCUUCUAGGUUUCAUUAUGAACAAUGUUUUAUAUGGUUAUCAUAUCACUUUCGAUGCGGCAUUUAAUUGUGAAAGUAGUUUAAAUCAGCGUUAAAAAGACAACAAAUGGAUCUGGAAGGGUCGUCACGAUAUGUUUGCAAGAAUGAAGAGUAUGUCGGGUUUUCUAAAUGUAAAACUUGAAGUUGAGACUGUAAUCCAGGCUAAUUCUGAAUACGCAUUUUUCAGUGAUAUCAAACUUUUUUCUAUUCUUCUUUAUCGAAUAUUUCUGUAUUUUUAUGUGACAAUUGGGCUAUAUUUGUAUAUGACAGGAGAUUACGAUGACUGUUAUGCAUCUGCUUUUUUUCUAUAUAAUACAUACACUACUCUCCGUAUACCUUCAUGGUGACGGGCGUUUAUUCUUCAUUUUUACACAUAUAUUCUUCUUUAUUUCCUCUAUUUCAUAAUUGACAAGUCCGGAGUCGUUUUAUUGUUGGGAUUUCUUUACUUUCCGUAUAAUGUCAACUAUUAUCGGCGCCAAAAUACCGUGCAGGUUACCAUUUUUUUUAAUAACUCAAAAUUAAAAAAAUGGCAACCUGCACGGUAUUUUCCAACAUAAAAUAUUUCCAAACAUACAAUGUUUUUUUACUAAUUUUCUUUACAUUAUAACUCGUUUAAAUGUUUGAAUAUUUGUUUUACAUUGCGGACGGACGUUGUUUUAAUGUGUGAUCGCAACAUAAACACAACGUACCAUGAUGACAUG